AAUCUGUUAUCAACCAAAUACACUUGAUCCUUUAACCCAUCGAAACCCUCUCUUCAGACAUCAUUAAAACAACCUCACUCUCCUCCUAGGAAUCCCCGAAGAAACUACGAGCGCCACCGCAGCAUCGGUUCCUCCACCCACCGCGAUGGCGCAGGUGCCGGCGAGCGAAGCGACGGCGUUCUGGACGGACGAGAAGCACGUGCACUUCCUCAACUCCAUGGAAGCCUCUUUCGUCCGCACAAUGCUCCAAAACCAAGGCAACUCCGUCUCCACCACGCGCCACUCUCUGCCACUCGACCGUUACCUCCCCGACUCCUCCGAAUCCACCUUGGAUUUGAAACCAAACCCUCGCCGCCGCACCAUAAAACACCAUGCACCCUCAGAUUCAAUGGGUCCAACAACCAGAAGAACAAGGAGGAGAUCAUCUCAGCCCUACAAUUCGUCACAGGACCAGGCGGUCCCACAAGUAGAAAACGAAAGAGAAGGUGCAGCAUGCAAUUGGGACGAUGAUAAAAGAGCAGAAAAUUAAUGUUUAGUGUACCUUUUUCCACCAACCUCCCUACCCCUCUUUCAUUUUUAUUCUGCCCAGUUCUUUUAUUUUUACCAUUUAUUUGUACUUUAUCUUCUUCCCAAAAUUUGUCUCCUCUAGUAUAUAGUAUGUAGUAUUUGGUCUUUUUCGAUCUUUUUCUCAAAUUCGUGUCAUGUAAGGGUUUUUUUUUUUUUUAAAUAUCGAAGUGUUGGCAUUUAACUACC